AUGGAUUGUUUGGUGGGAGAUCCAUGUGCCAUGGUGAGUUUCUAUCCAGAUAUCCCAGAAAUUGAACCAUCAGUUACCUGUGGGGAAUUCGUCUUCCUCAUGGACUGCUCAGGAAGCAUGAACUGCCCUAGGAGUAAACGGGAUAAAUCUCAACUGCACAUAGAGGCAGCCAAGGAAACACUACUUUUGCUCCUGAAGAGUUUGUCCAUAGGCUGUUAUUUCAACAUCUAUGAAUUUGGAUCUUCCUUUGAGGCAUUCUUUCUGGACAGUGUAAAGCACACCCAGCAAGCCAUGGAGGAGGCAGUGAGAAGAGUACAGCUCAUGAAUGCAGACCGAGGGGACACUGAAAUCUUGACACCACUCCAAGACAUUUACAGAAGAACCCCCAUUGCAGGCCACCCCUUACAGCUUUUCAUCUUCACAGAUGGAGAAGUUACUGUUACAUCUAGUGUAAUUAAAUAAGUUAAGUUCAACAGCAGGAAGCACAGGUAUGAAGAGAAAUGUGAUGUCUCAUUUGGUAUUGGAGAAGGUGCCUCCACCAGCCUAAUAAAAAACAUUGCUCAGGUUUCAGGAGAUCCUUCCUCCCCUAACUUUCAGGAGCUCUGUGUAAUACUGAAGGCUCUGGAAUAUUUGUCUUGUAGCCUCACCAUUAACCGCCUUGCUGCAAAAUCCCUGCUCCAGACCAAAGACAUGGUCUUCAGAGAAACUCUCGAAGAAGAUAAAACAGAUGUGUUGAACAUAAACCUUGAGUCUUGA